AUGCCGGUGUUUUGUCGAUUCGGUUCAGCAGCUAAAGAGAAAGAGAAAGAUGAUGAAGAUAAACAUAAAGAUGAUGAAGGUAAAGAAGAAGAUAACGAUAAAGAUGAAGGUAAAAAUGAAGAUAACGAUAAAGAUGAAGGUAAAGACGAAGAUAACCAUAAAGAUGAUGAAGAUAAGGCAGCAUUUCAAAAUUCUUGCAUAUGACAUAUAAAGUGGAGUAAUUCACGAUUAAUAAAUGUGCAUCAUCUUCAUCAUCGUUAUCUUCACCUUUAUCUUCAUCUUUAUUGUUAUCUUUAGGGAGCAUUUCAAAAUUCUUGCCGUUCUCUCUGUCGUUCUACCGCUCUGCCGGCACAACGGAUUUAUUUUAAUGACAUUUCGAUAUAUUAUCGGUUUCUUUUGAUGUAUGUAUACGUAUACAUGAAAGGAGGAGGGCGGAUAAGGUAGGUUUCCCGCACCCAAUGGAAUUGCAUUUUUUCUAUCAGAAACAUGUCAGGGGAUUAUUUGAAACAUUUUGUACCACU